AUGUUUUCUGCUGCUAGAGACAUCUUUCGUCGGCGGCCCACAGUUGACCCCGCCAAUGCCGCCGGCUCAUACGAGGUACCUCUGUACACUAACGCGGCGUACUAUCCAAACUGGAGGAUCUACCGCAAGCAGCCACCUUCGUCCCUGCGUCUGGGGUUCGUAUCCCACGUGUUUUACGCAUUUGCUUGGGUGAAGGAAGAUGGCACUGUCUAUUUGAGUGAUGAGUGGGCUGAUACCCAGAUGCCGGUCGAUGGCGCUGAGGGCUGCCUACAAGCAUUCGUCCAACUCAAGCAGCAGUAUUCAAAGAUGAGGGUCAUUCUUUCUGUCGGUGGCGGUGGUAAAGGAAGUGAGAACUUCGCUGUUGUAGCCCGCAGUCGCUCGGGGGUGGAUACAUUCGCUCGAACGGCACGUGCGUUGGUUGACCAAUAUGGACUGGACGGUAUCGAUGUCGACUGGGAACACCCCGCAGACCCGCAGCAGGGCAAAGACUACGUCCGUCUUCUCGCCAAACUACGAGAGGCCUUACCUGCUCCUCAAUAUGUUGUGGCAACCUGUCUCCCGGCGGGUCUAUGGGCGCUGCGCAACAUUGAUCUGUCUGCGGCACAAAAGUACCUAGACAUGAUCAAUCUUAUGGCCUAUGACUUUGCGGGCCCGUGGGGCUCUGAGACCGGUCACCAAGCCCAACUCUAUGGCACACCGACCUCUGGAUACUCAGCAGUGGACUAUGUGUUGACGCAGGGAGUGUCCCCGCGAAAAGUCAUUCUAGGUGUUCCGGUAUAUGGUCGCUCAUUCCUUGGAAGUACUGGGCCUGGUCAGCGAUAUACUGGAACAGGAGGCGAGGAUGGGGUCUUUGACUACAGCGAUCUACCGCGCCCGGGAGCCCAAGAGAUGCAUGAUCCACAGGUUGGCGCUGCUGCUUGUGUGGGCGCAGACGGUGGGUUUGUUACUUACGAUAUCCCCGCUACAGUAAAGCAGAAAGCAGAAUUUGUGACCUCAUCUAAGCUGGGGGGCCUAUUCUAUUGGCACAUUUGUUCCGAUGCUAGAGGUCCUCGCAGCUUGAUCGAAACUGGUUACAACACACUGCAUGAGAUGUAA